AUCCAACAAUCAAGGUUAUAUACUUAACUGCAACCCUAUUUGAUGGUUGCUCAGGUGUUAUUUGCUUAUACCAUGUCAUUUGCUUGCUUUAAUCAUCCUCACCAAAAAAAGUUCAUCUUGACUUGGAGUGUUUCAGAGCCUGUGCCAGUGAUGCUAUGCAUACCACUGCUGUGGACCUUUCACAGUUGGUCGUGUGGAAGUAGAAUCAUGUAGAUUGUGAAAGGAAAUAACUUACGUAUUGAUACAAUAAGGUUAUGACUUCAAUUUUGGUGGCACCUGAGCCAACUUAAAGUAGAGAUGGCAAUUAGGGGAGUUUAAAUACUAUAAUGGCACCUAAGUUAGACCUUUACUGUGGUGAAGUUAAGACAUCAUGAUAGAGUUCCCUUUGGUUUUGAUGAUGAUCAUCAUUUUUGUUGAUACAUGAUAACGAAAGUGGAAUUAUUUCUUGCUAUGGCAUUCUCCCUUCUCUCAAAUGAUUUUACUCAUCUCUCUCUCUCUCUCUCUCUCUCUCUCUCUCUCUCUCUAGUUUGUAUUUGAUCCAUUUUGCAAAUAAAAUCUUGUAAAUGGCGGUGUUCUUAGGCAAGUUAUCUUGUGCCAAAGAAAAUGGUUAUAUGUAAAGGAUACCUUCCCUUGGGAGGAGUGCAGUGUUGUAUUGAAAUUUUGACUAUUUCAUUUGAAACUCAAUUGGUGUCCAGUGAGUGUAGAUCAAACUUUUUAUGGCAUUUGAUAUCACACCCUGUGGGCUGGUUCUAAGAGUCAUGCCAUCAUUUGGGUGACCCAUCAUGGGGCUUAAGAGUGGCAUUGUUCCACCCCAGCAAUCCCCCAAACAUGAUACUCUUAUGACUCAAGCCUAUGAACCUUGGCUCUAAUACAAAUUGUUUGAUCGAGUUUUGACUAUCUCAUUUGAAAACUAAUUGGCAUCUAGUGAGGGUAGAUCAAACCUUUUAUGACAUUCACCACAACCUGUUUUAAGAGCCAUUAUUUAGGUGAAACAUCCACGGGCUUAAGAGCAGUAUUGCUACUCCCCAACAUGUAGCAACAUUGAAGUUGCAAUUUGCAUAGAGAUAAAGUGACCUAGUAGGAUUCAACAUCUUGGUAUGAGAGUUGGUGGGAUUUAUUAUGUAGGGUACCUUACAAUCAGUGUUUUUAAAGGCGUUUGUGGGGCGCGCCUUGAGGCGCGCCUUGAGGCGAGGCGUAGCGAAAACGCGUUGAGGCGUUAAAAAUAAAGCGAAACACCUGAAAGGCGUACGCUUUUUUGGUGAGGCGUGAUUGAGGCGCGCUUUGAUCGCGCCUUUCACGCUUUUCCGGUGAGGCGUACGCUUCGUCGGAUCUGAUGUGGCAAUGAACAGAGACUUAAAAAAAACCCUAAGUAAUCCCUAAAACCCCAAUCCCGACUGAAAACAAACCCAAAACGAAACCCUACCUCUUCCAAUCAAGCGGCGACGGAGUGCUCACCCUCGGCGGCGACCAAUCGCAGCGAUCUUCUCCGGCGGCAAUCCCUCUCAUCUCCAGAAUGAGUUCCUCCGAUUCGAAAAAUUCAAGAAAAGAUUUUGUGUGGAAGUAUGUUCUUGAAGUUACCGGGGAGCAAUAUUUAAGAUGUAAAUUUUGCAAUCAAAGAUGCACGGGAGGGGUGAAUAGACUCAAGCAUCACUUAGCCGGAACUCAUCAUGGUAUGAAACCAUGCAACAAGGUUAGUGAAGAUGCUAGAUUGGAAUACAAAGAGGCAUUGGCCAAUUUUAAGGAUCAAAAAACGAAAAGAAAUGAAUUGCUCCAAGAAAUUGGUAUGGGUCCUAAUUCAAUGCAUGAGAGUGCCUUGUCUAAAACAAUAGGGACAUUAGGGAGUGGGAGUGGGAGUGGGAGUGUAAGUGGGAGUGGGGAACCUAUUCCUAGGGGACCCAUGGAUAAAUUUACCACUUCACAACCUAGACAAACUACUUUGAAUUCAAAGUGGAAGCAAGAAGAAAGGAAGGAAGUGUGUAGAAAAAUUGGUAGAUUCAUGUAUUCAAAAGGUCUCCCAUUCAACACUGUGAAUGAUCCUUAUUGGUUUCCUAUGAUAGAUGCUAUUGCAAAUUUUGGGCCCGGGUUUAAGCCUCCAUCUAUGCAUGAAUUGAGGACAUGGAUUCUUAAAGAAGAGGUGAAUGACCUAAGUAUCAUUAUGGAAGAUCACAAAAAAGCUUGGAAACAAUAUGGAUGUUCAAUUAUGUCAGAUGGUUGGACAGAUGGAAAGAGUAGGUGUCUUAUCAAUUUUUUGGUGAAUAGUCCUGCUGGCACUUGGUUUAUGAAAUCAAUUGAUGCUUCUGAUACAAUAAAAAAUGGGGAAUUGAUGUUCAAAUAUCUUGAUGAGGUGGUUGAAGAAAUUGGAGAGGAGAAUGUUGUGCAAGUCAUCACUGAUAAUGCCUCUAAUUAUGUGAAUGCUGGAAUGAGGCUUAUGGAAAAAGGAGAAAAUUGUGGUGGACUCCUUGUGCUGCUCAUUGUAUUGAUUUGAUGUUGGAGGAUAUUGGAAAGCUAAAUGUCCAUGCUACUACACUAUCUCAAGCUAGGCAAGUAGUGAAGUUCAUAUAUGGGCAUACUUGGGUUCUUAGCUUGAUGAGAACAUUUACAAAAAAUCAUGAACUUCUUCGUCCAGCAAUUACACGAUUUGCUACUGCAUUUCUUACUCUCCAAAGUCUUUAUAAGCAAAAGCAAGCUCUUAUAGCAAUGUUCUCAUCAGAAAAAUGGUGUUCAAGCACAUGGGCUAAAAAGGUAGAAGGUGUGAAAACUCGAAGUACAGUGUUGUUUGAUCCAAAUUUUUGGCCUCAUGUUGCUUUUUGCAUAAAGACCACUGUUCCAUUAGUUAGUGUCUUGAGAGAGGUUGAUUCAGAGGAAAGACCAGCCAUGGGUUAUAUUUAUGAGUUGAUGGAUUCAGCUAAGGAGAAGAUUGCAUUUAAUUGUCGAGGUGUGGAGAGAAAAUAUGGCCUAAUUUGGAGAAAAAUUGAUGCAAGAUGGACUCCGCAACUUCAUCGACCUUUACAUGUAGCGGGUUAUUAUCUUAAUCCUCAAUUGCGGUAUGGAGAUAAGUUUUCUAAUGCUGAUGAGGUGAGGAAGGGAUUAUUUGAAUGCAUGGAUAGGAUGUUGGAUUAUCAAGAACGUUUAAAAGCUGACAUUCAGUUGGACUCAUAUGACCAAGCAAUGGGUGAAUUUGGGAGUCGUAUUGCAAUUGAUUCUCGAACAUUAAGAAGUCCUACAAGUUGGUGGAUGCGUUUUGGAGGUUCAACACCGGAGUUGCAAAAGUUUGCUAUUCGAGUCCUUAGCCUUACUUGUAGUGCUUCGGGAUGUGAAAGAAAUUGGAGCACAUUUGAGUCGAUCCAUACAAAAAAAAGAAAUAGACUUGAACAUCAAAGGUUGAAUGCUCUAGUGUAUGUAAGAUACAACACUAGAUUGAGAGAGCGAAGUCUACAAAGGAAACAAAAUGUUGAUCCGAUUUUGGUAGAGGAGAUUGAUUCGGAUGAUGAAUGGAUUGCGGAGAAAGAAGAUCCCCUCCUCCCCCUUGAUCUUUGUUGGCUUCAAGAUAAUGAGUUAUUCAGUGUUGAUGCCAUUAGAGCUGUUUCAUCCAACUCCCAAGAGAUUGAAACAUCAUCGGAUCACAUGGUUUCUUCACAUUCCUACAAAAGGAAACAUAAUGAAGUACCAAGUACAAGUGGAGGCAAAGGCAAAGAGAAGGAGUUGAAUUUGACACCAAUUGAUGAAGAUGAAGAUUUACAUGAAAUGGGGAUACAUGAUAGUGGACAUUUUCCUACUAUUGAUACAUUGGAUGAGGAUGAUGAUGACCUUGAUGAUGAGGAUUUAAGUUGAAACAAUUGACUCUAGUUGUUAUUUUAUGACUUAGUUAUAGAUUUUUUGUAAAAGUUUAGAACUAUUAUUAUGGUUGACUCUAUUUUCUAUUUGAUGACUUAGUUAUGGUUUUUUGUUAAAGUUUGAAAUUAUUAGUAUAGUUGAAUCUAGAAUCUAUUUUA